AUAUAGUAUUGUCUUAUAAUGAUGCAUUUAUGUGUGAGCAGAAUUUUCCAUAGGGCUGCAGCUAUAGCUCAUCUGUGACAUGCAAUUAUUAGAUUGAGUUUGUAAUCCUUGUGAUGUCAUUACAGUCCCAUACUGUCAACUUUGAUGACAUAUGUAUACAUAUAUUUAUACUUAUAGAUGUUUGAAAUUAAGUUUUGUGUGAAGACACAACGAUUUUGGCAGAUUAAUGUAGUACAUGUAGGUCAUUCACCUGGAAGCCUAAUGGUAGCUGCUCCGAAUUACGUCACCCUUUCUGUCUCUUUGCUUCAUAUACAUAACAUGGUCAACGUCUAUGAAGAUAAUUAUAAAAAAGAGUAUAGUUGUCUUAUAAUAACACCAUAGUAAAAAAAGACACUUGUAAUGUACACAUGAUAAGACAGUAUUAUGACGCGGGUCUCGCGGUUUAUGCAACGAUAUUAAAAUAUGUGAUGUUUGUAUGUGUGUUGCAUACUGUCAUUGCAUACUGGCAGUUACAAGCUGUCCGACGAUGCCGACCAAUUAGAAGACCGCGUAGCGAUUACGUCAAUUUCCUGCGACAUAUUGAACAGACCAAUGGCAGGAGAGUUAGCCGAAUGGCUUGACCAAUGGGAUGGGACGAGGUCUAUUUGAACGGUGAAAAGCGGGCUAGCAAACAUUCGAGAGGGAAACAAAGAAGGGAGAACAUCCUGCAACUGCUGGACGUAAAAAACCCUGGAAUAAUUAGCUUUUUCUAAUCAGGAUACUUUGACAAUCAAAUAAGGGCUCCGUCAUGUCUCAUAAACAGAUCUACUACUCUGAUAAAUAUGACGAUGAAAAAUACGAGUACAGGCACGUAAUGCUACCCAAAGACAUUGCAAAGCGUGUACCCAAAACCCAUUUGAUGUCGGAGACCGAGUGGAGGAACCUGGGGGUCCAGCAGAGCCAAGGAUGGGUCCAUUACAUGAUCCACCAGCCAGAGCCACACAUUUUGCUGUUCCGACGCCCGCUUCCCUGCCAAAAGGCAUAACGGGAGAGAAACUCCAAGUCCUGUGAAGAUCAGUCCUACUUGCCACAGAUCAACUCAUCAAACGGGGAUCAUGCUAUCAGAUUACCAAACUCUUGUGUGGUAGGUGAUUUGGGCUGAUCAUGUUGAACUUGGAAAAGGACUAUGACAUUUAUAAACAGUGGUUGUUGAAUGGUGUAUGCGUUGAAGGAAAACCAUCACCCACGUCUCCAGGAAAAGACCUUCAUGUGAUAACAGCGACGCGUCGUGUGCCUGAAAACCUUAAACAAAACAGAUCGCACAGACUUUUUGACUCCUGUCAAACUUGCUGAACCUGCUUGGAUCUUCCAGCUUUUUAGAUCAAUUGGUAAAAGAUGUGGGGGGUGAAACUUGUUCAAACAUUGAGUGACUUAACGGAGUGUUUUCUGGGUCAGGCUCGACUCACAAGACGGACUGAACAGCUGGAUCCUAAAUUAAAGUUUGACUGAAACAUCAACGUGCGGCUUUAAGUGACAUGUUGCUGCUUGGUUUAAAUGAUACUGUAAAUUGACAUUUAACACUUUUUGUCAUGUGCAUGAAAAGCCGCAUAGAUAAGAGUCACAUAUUAACUAGUUUUAAUCCCCCCUCCACCAUAACAACAACAGUUUUGCCCUACUUUAAAAAAAACAAAUCCUUUGGAUGUCUGAUUGUACCAGUGAGCUGCUCAGUAUUUAAAUGUGUGGCCCUUUCUGAAAUAAAUGGAAACUUUUAAAUAUUUGCUUUGGGACCAAAAUACCAAGCAAUUUGAUGCAUCAUGGAACAAUAACGGGGGGAGAGACAGUAGAGGAAUAAAAGGCUAUUGAUGACCGACACUACCCGCAAUAGCUCUUAAAGAAGGAAACCAAUCUGGACAAUUUUAAAGGGAGGCUGGAGCUAAUUACAUUUGUUUCAGAUUGUGGGGUUGAAUACUAUUGCUUCACGGCACUUGUUUUCACUGUCCUGCUCAUGGAUACGUUCACCCACUGUGACAUGUCUGUUUACUGUCUGUUUAUUUUGUUUACUACCACAAACUGAGCUGCUCUGCUGUCACUGAGGCUACAACUGCCUUGAAUAAUUGUUCUUUGAACUUGUGCCUUGUGUGUGUACGGUUUGCUUUUGUUCACGCCUAGCUGUCUGAAUCUGUUUUUAUAAUGUGCAGGUAUGGCACUGUUCCACCCUCAUAAAUAUUAAAGAAUCAAUGCAAUCAAAGUGAUGAUGCAUUUAGUCUUUAAAUCAAAUGACUGACAUGACAUCUGUGUUGGAUGAAGUCCCUGUACCUUUUUUGGUAAUCUGAAAAAUAACUAGAACAGUGGAUUAUGAAGGUGGUGUUGAUGAUGCCUCAUGUUGUGCUAUAAUAUGUGGCAGCAUCAAAAUGAAGAUAUUCACAAAAUGGUAUUUGCCAUGUUUUAACUCUAACAGCUAUUUAUCAGCACUAGCAAAUUUACCCUUUUUUUAAUGAAGAGAAAAUGUUUUACCAACUUCAUGUAGUGCGGGACAAACACACGUCCACCAGAGCAGUAUGAAAUUCUUAAAAUACACCUUUUGCUUUUCACUGUUUCCUAUUUCUGUCAACCUGUAAAAUAAAAGGAAACUGAAAAGAAAUGCACUUAGGAAAUGUGACUUGCGUGUUGGAAUCACUGAACAUGUUCGUCCUCCCAGACUGUUUUCAAACCCUUCUCAUCACACACACACACUGCCGGUUUAAUGACAUGACAUGCUGUCUGAUGCCUUUAUGAAUUUAAUGAUGGAGGCCCACCCCUUCAUUCAAAAGUCAGCAUUGAUUUCAAUGCAGUGGUGUGUGAAACCUCCAGUACUUGAUGGUUCUGUACCGCUUCUUCAGCUGGGCCAGACCCAAUCAUUAAAGCCAUUUGUAGUAAAUGCCCCUGCUGAAGAGCAUUGUCUGUCUACAUUGGGUCUUUGGCCUCCAUUCACAGCUUCAUUACAGCUCCACGUGGCUGGGGGAAGCGUGAGCCUAAACCGUGCUGUAAAGCUGCCAUGUGUGCGCUAAUCAGGUGGAGGAGCUUCUCACCACGUGGCGUGGCGUAUACUGUAAUGAGCUGUGAUCUGACACUGCAGGGAUGUGUGAUGUUAUGAUGCACAGUUGCUUUUCAUCCAGUGGCACAGGGAUGCUGCAUCUGUUGUCUGGCACUGUGACUGGACUCGAGGGUUUCUUGUUCUAUUGGCAGUAAUAUGUGCGUGAGCUCCCGUUCCAUGUGUAAUGUGGGUCUCCUCGACCGGCAAAUGUCUCUGUGAGCUUUAUGGACAAAAUGUUUCACGAGUCGUGAUGAUGGUGCAUAAAGGGAGAGGCAGGCGCAGCAUCUGCUGCACAUUUAAAAGUUACUCGGUGUCAACGACUGGUGUAUUAUUGCUCCAUGGAAGUUUUAAUGAGCAGAAAAUAACAAAAACAUGAGGUUGGAUGGUUGAGUCCAAACAGGAUUAACCUCUUUGUAAAUCAGGUUUUUGUUCUUGAAAACAAAUGAGAUAAAGUCGUCUAUCCCCAUGCUGUUUCUUUAACCUUGCAAACAAACAAUAAACCGUUACAUAAACACAA